UGAGGCAUACUGGGUCUUUAAUACUUUUAAUUUUUCCUGUUUAGGUGUACAAGAUGGAUGGCAUGGAAAAGUUGACAUUCUUAUCAUGAGCAAGAAUAAACAAGAACUUCCUGUUUUCAUUGGAGAGCCAACUGAAGAUGAUAUUUCAGGAUCCUCAGUGGAAGUAAAGUCAAGUGAAAAACUUGUGAGUGAUUUGUGCCCUCAGAUGAUUGCAGAAACUAUUGUUUUUUUAUUUUUACAGAAUAAGCAGAAUGCUGGAAAAUUACGAAAUAAUUUGAUUCCUGGCAUAGGAAUCAUUAAUGAAAAGUUAAUAGUGUUUAUGUACGACUGCGAAAAUGAUGUUCUUCUCGGAUCUCGUGCAAUGGACCUGUUUGAAGACGAGGAUGUUUAUAUCAGGAUUAUAUUGGUUCUUUGGUUAGUUUUGAAUUACAAACUGUUUGGCACUGGCCUGAUUGACGAGAUCAAAAAUUACAAAGCAAAUUUUCACAGUUUACUUGGUAAUGAAAAUCUUGAGCGAUACAAAACAGAAGUUGCAAUGCCGUUUCACAAAAAACACAGCCAGAAAAGAACGUUUGAUCCAAAUAUAUCCAGUAUACCUUAGGAAAUCUCAAAAGGAGAUUAGAUAGUUACAUGUACCCAGUAAUCCCACUUGAGAAAAUAUACAAAACGUGACUGCAGUAUGACGAGGUAACCAUAUUCUGUGCAAAAAUUAUUACAUUCACAAAAAUGAGGUCUUUUAAAGCCCACUGUAGCACAUAGUUCUUGUGUUCAUUAAUUUGUGUUCCUGACAUUUAAAAUAUUUAUUGAAUUGUUGUCGUUCUGUUAAAUAAGUCAACACUAUUAAUGUCAACAGUUAUAUAUAGACUGUUAAGGUGGCAUUAUAUUGAUAACUAGUAAACAGUAUUAAUGUAUUAAUUUUUCAACUCUUGUGUACAAUGUAAGUGCGCUGUCAUUUAUUAGUUAUGUUAUAGAUAAUAUAACCAUCAUUGCAAUAAGCAGCUUUUACAUUGCUCACUGAGUCACACUUAUUAUAGUUUGAUUUUAAGCAUAGAUCCCUAACCUACCUUAUCCUAAGAAUAAAAUUUGUGGCUUACAAUAUGAUUUUGGUUUAAAAAUUCAGAGUUACUUCCCUUUUGGUUGUUAGUGCUCGCUGACAGUAUGCCAGUUUUUGGACGCCAGUAAUCAGACGGCCACUUGAGUAUUAUUAUGCUCAAUAAACAUACCAUAGUUUCUAGAUAUUCAGAUUAAGCAAUUAGUUCAACAUUUACAUCAGCGUUCAAUGACCUUGACCCUCAAGGUCAAAUUAUUGAAUUUUAGUUAAGUUGUCAUAAUUUUGUUAUUUAUCUAUGUUUGUACAUUUGUAUUUGAUUCAUAUGUGUAUCCAAACAGACAUGCUGAAUAAUUUAUAUAUGACCUUUAAAUGUCCUUGACAGUCAAGGUCAGAUGAUUGAAUUUUGUUUCUAUUUUCUUAACUUUGUUGUUUAUCUAUGGCAAUGAUACAUACUUGGACAAAACAAGUGUGACUUGACAGACCUUUCGUGCACGGAACGGAAGUUGCUCACAACAUUUUUACCGAUGGACAUUUUACACUCGUUGUGAGUUAAUUAAACGGGCGUGAAUAAUGGUUUUUGAGAAAUGUUACAUGUUUGUUACCUGGAAAAAGUAGCAAUAAAUAUGAAAUAGUUAGUCAUUAAAGUGGCAAAAUGUAAACAAAAAAGUAUUUUGACUACCAUAGAAAAAACUUAUUCACUAUAACUGUAUUUAUUAAUUAUAAUCAGUUAUGACAUAGUACUGGUAAAUGGCCAGUGAAUAUUUUUUUAGAUAUUAUAUACCAAAAUUAAAAAAGCAUUUGAUAUAUAAAAAUAAUAAGCAUUUCUGAGGCAUUAUG